AUGUCUGCGAUUGUUGGCCAUGGGGUUUAUUUGCAGUUCGUUUACUUUGUGCUACAAGCCGUUAUAUCCCGUGCUCUGGAUAUCACUGCAAAACAACAAUGCUCUGCGUACUUCUCGAAUACAUCGGAAGGAAAUAUUGUCAGUCGGAAUUAUCCCAAUUAUUACGAUCCGGACGAUUUCUGUAGCUACGAAGUGGAAGUUCCCAGCGGUCAGCGCGUGAAAAUAGCCGUGUCGGAAUUAGAACUGCUCGAGGAUGACGGAUACUAUUACGAUUACCUCGUUUUGUUCGACGGUCCUAACUGCGCGUCACCACGUGUGGAAGUUUUGACUAAUGGGAAGGACGAACCCAUUAUCACAACCUCAAACCAUUUUUCGGCAUUGCAUGUAGCAUCCAAAACCUUACGCCGAAAGGGUUUUAACAUUACAUAUACUUCAAUUGCUGAAGACAGUGUUGGGACCUAUCCGGAGUUUAUAGUCAACUGUGGUCACGAACUGACCUCACCCGAAGGUGUCAUAGAGUGGGAAGCAAGCGACGGUGACAACCUUCUGUGCAUAUGGCGGAUCCAUGGUGGACCAAACCAUCUUGUAGCCCUCAAAAUUACAAAUCUAAAGACUUACAAUGGCGCUGAUUUCGUCCGGAUACUCGACGGGGACACAUGUGGUUCGAGGGAGAUUAGAAAGUUUGGACCGCUUCAAUGGGGACCGCAAAAAGUUAUUACAUCAACGUCAAACGCGAUGACAAUUGUGGUUCGGUCUCUUGACAAAACCAGUGGAAAUAAACUGAUGGCCAGCUAUAACCUAAUCAGAUCUUCGGCUAAUCGCUUCAGCGGCUUCGGCUACCUUUCGCUACUUGUUUUCUCAUUUGAAAGCAUAUACCGCCUCUGCAACUUCAUGUAUAACCUGUGA